AUGAAUGACGAUGCUUCAAAAUAUCUUGGGAUCAAACUGGACAGAACAUUAACCUACAACCAACACCUCGAAGAUGUAAAAAAUAAACUGAAAACAAGGAAUAAUAUUAUUAGUAAGCUUGCCGGAACAAGCUGGGGCUGCCGAGCAAAUGUACUACGCAUAUCGGCCCUAGCCUUGGUAUACAGUGUCGCGGAAUAUUGCGCCCCCGCUUGGGAGAGAAGUGUACAUACAAAAAAGGUUGACACCCAGUUGAAUAAUACUAUGCGAAUCAUCACAGGCUGUGUCCGGGCUACCAACCUACAGUGGCUUCCAGUCCUUUCGAACGUAGCUCCCCCGGCGAUUCGAAGGCAUCUCUCAUCUGUCAAACUAUUACAGAAAAUCAAUAAAUUAGUGAAUCUCCCUGUAUAUAACGACAUAAAUAACGCACCAUCUAAAAGAUUAAGAUCAAGAAACCCAAUCUGGUCAAUAGAAAAUAGUUGUGACAGCAUGGAGGAUAUGUGGAAACAACACUGGGAAAAAGGUAAUGCAAAAAAUAGACAUCUGAUAAGCGACCCAACCCAAAGAGUCCCAGGAUUUGACGGCCCGAGAGCCUUAUGGACCAAUCUAAACAGGAUACGAACGGAGCAGGGUAAUUGUAACUACCUUCUACACAAGUGGAAGUUAAAAAACUCUUCCUUAUGCGACUGCGGGCAAAUACAAUCCAUCAAACACAUUGUGGAGGAAUGUCCUCAAACUAGAUACAAGGGAGGAAUAGAGGGACUUCACAAGGGCGAUGAGGAAGCAAUGGACUGGCUGUCUAAGACCAAUGUUCGACUAUAA